AUGUCGGCGACACUGACACCCUUCCUGUUCCAGACACGGACGCUGGCCCGGUUCGCAAGAGCCGGGCCUGUAGCGCCAAGUCGUCUUGCGCGAUCACUGCACAUCACACCGAGUUGUCGACGGAAAGGCGAACGCGACCCAAUCCCCUUCGAACUACCACCCGAGCUCGAGAACCCAGACACAGCCGGAAGCGCAGGGCCCCUGGACACAGGCACCAUUACGCCCGUCGAGCGUCAAGCCUUCGACAAGAUCUUUCAGGAGAUCAGCGAGAAGGGGAAGAGCUUGCCCACCGUUACUCCAAAGCGGGAAAACACGCCGGACCUUACGCAGACAAAACCGAAAUUUUUGAAGGGUCUCUACAAUGGCGGGCCGUUUAAGCUCAGCGCGAUCAUACAGGAUGCCGCCGAAAGGCACUCAGAGACCAAUCCAGGUGUCAACGGGCUGGACCCCUUGUCGCCGCUCGAGUCAACAUACUCGGCCGCCGACCGGGAGCAGGCACUUCUGCAGUUCCCUCCCAGCCUAAGGCGGGCGGCGAGGACAGCCUACGGAAUGAUGGAAUCUGCGAGAGACACCCCCGUCGCCACGGAAGGCGGCGGCCAGGAAGACCUGGGGUUCCAAAGGGACGCGGUAGAGGUUGUUGCAUCGUCCGACAGCCUGGCGAAGAAGGUGGAGGUGGAGGCAUCGCGCCGAGAGGCAAGGCUCACGAUCAAGGCCAUGAUGGAAAAGGCCGAGAACGACUUUGCGCUCUGGGACGUCGUUGAGAAGGAGGUCUUCACUCUGGUCGAGAAGCUUGGGCUAGCCGCAACGGAGCCUGAACCAAAGACACAGAAAACGAAGCGGAGAAAGAAGAAGAAGGCGUCUGCAGAAGAAGACGAAGGUGCCGAUGCUGUUGCUGCGGCGGCGGCUUCCAAGCCUCGUCUGAAUAUGGAUACGUACGGGCCAAUCUACCCCAUGCUCCUCCUCGACGCCCUGCUCCUGUUCGAAAAGAAGUUCUCCCGGCCGUCGCCCCUGGCCUUCAACCUCCUGCCGCGCAUCAAGCAGCUUGGCCUUCCCUCAUAUGUGCUCGGCGUCAGCACAUCAUUCUACAACAAGUUAUUGAGCGUCAUGUGGCAGCAUUUCGGCGACGCCAUCGGCGUGAUGGCGCUUCUCGAGGAGAUGCGACACGCGGGCCUGCACUUUGAUGAGGAAACCAAGUCGGUUCUGCAUCAAAUGGAACGUGUCCUCCGCUCUGCGGACCGAGGGGAGAACGGGUACUUCCUCAAGAAAAUGAUGCGCAUGCCCGAGUACGAGCCCCUGCUGAAAACGAGGCUGUCAAAUUGGAACGGACGUAUUGAUUAUAAUAUCAACCAACGGGCGGGCGGUUUAAGAAAUUAG